AUGGCUGGCCCUUCUGUUCCGGUAGUAGAUUCGGUCGUUCCCCUUGCCCUUCGACAAGCCAGUAUCAAAGGCAAGGAAAAGGCUGUCACUGCUGAGCGAGAUGACAACUUUCAGCUCGCCUCGGACGAUGAGGGAAAUGAAUCAGAUGACUAUGAGCAAAGAAGACAAAAACGAAUUAUGGAGAAUCAAGAACUUCUCACUUCACUCGGCAUUUCUCAAACCCGACCUCCUCAAUCCCCUCAAGAGUCAACCUCAGCCUCACGAAAACGUCCAAGACGAGAGUUAGUCAGUAAACAAGUCUUUGAUCGGUCCGGUCAUAUCAUCUCCUUGCCCGGACCCGGAGAAUCGCACAAGAUGGCAUGCGUUGAGAUGCCUUCUGACCGCGCGUUGAAGCGACGGAUAGCAGAGGGCGAGUAUCAGGAUUGUUCUCAUUGGCUUCAAGGGGAGACGAGAAGGUGGAGAUUUGGUUUGGGUAGAGGAGGUGAAUUGCAAGAGGAUGAACCGACUCAUGUGGGUGGGGUGGGUCCAGAUUUCCGAUGGAGGAAAUGGCGAGGAUUGGAGAAAGAGUUGAGAGCGGAGAUGCGUAAGAGGGGGUUGUUGAAUGAGAUGGAUUCGAGAAGGGAUACUGUGAUCACUCCGUCUGAAGAAGCCUCUGCGUACUCAUUACUCCCGAUGGAGACAUGUCAUCAAUGCAGGAGACGAUCAGAGAAGCUGAAGAUGAAAUGCAGGAACGUAGAUCCUCCGUGUAAAGCCAUCUUUUGUGAAACCUGUUGUAAACGAUAUAGCUACUUCGAUUUUGACCCUGAAUCUCGUUCCUUCGUUUGUCCACUCUGCAAAGAUUGUUGUAAUUGUUCCAACUGCAUCCGCAAGCGAAACCUCGCUCAUCUCCUUGGUCCAGGACGUACGGGCAUACGCAGCUCGGCUCUCAAAUCCGGUAACGAAGUUUUGACAGUGCAGGCUUGGUUAGAAAAGGAAGCCCAGGACAAGACGGCGGCCCCAUUCGAUCGUGUUCGUUUAGUGGACGAAUUGGAAGAUAUAAUUACCCCUGAAUUACCUCCGGAAACGAUCGAAUCUCCCAUCAAGACUGGUAAGGGGAAGAAGGGUGUUCAACAGACGAACAAGAGGACCCGAGGACCGGGCAAGAAAUCGACUGAGCCGAUUAAUGGGGAAACCAAGAAAAUCAGAUUGAUAUUGAAAGUUGGGGGAAAAGAACCUGUGGUGGAGAAGGAGGAAAAACCGGUCAAAGAGGUUGAUUCUGAUGGUGAUACAGUUGGAGGAUGGUCUGACGAUGAAGGGGAUAUUGGAAGAAGAUCAGGAUCUGAAACAUCGGAAGACGAUCCUAAUAUGCCUCAAAAAAGAUUCCCUUUCCCACCAUUACCAGGUGGUUUACACAGUAACAUCAACCUACCUUCUAUACCGGAUGGACCAUCGUAUUCACAAAACGGAGAAAUGCUUGAUCCUAAAGCCAUUCAACUUGCUUUGGAAGAGGUACAAAGAGCAUCAAAUUCCCCAGGUGGUUUUAUACUUCCUUUUGACUCUCCCAUGCAAGACACAGAUAAUUCAUCUCCUCACUUGACAGUCCCAGUCAUAACGAAAUUACAAUCUUCUCAAAAUCAUCAACAAACAUUUUCACCACUUACUCAAACAUCACAAAUUCCAUCGCAAAUUAACAACUCUCAUCUCUCGACGGUACAAAACACUCCAACGAGUGAUUCUCAAAACAUAUGGCAAUCUUCUCCUGCAACGGAACCGAUAUCGAACCCUAUACCUGGAACGCAAUAUAACAACCGUCCAAUCGCUCAAAAUCAAGGACGUUCAAUGGUAAUUCAUGCUUUCUCGAUGGACAAUUACAAUUAUCUUCCUCCAACUCUUUCAGGUCUUCAAUAUUCACAUUCUCAAAAUUUAAAUGGUUUAAAUCCUCCACCAUAUACUCAUUCUCCUCAAAGAGGAAACUCUCAGAUAUCUUAUACACCACCAUGGCAUCAACCACCUCCACAAAUCACUCCCUCACCUUUUCCCAUUCCCAUUCGAAGUUCCAUCCAGAGUUCAACACAAUCAUUCCAAUCACCAAUGAUAUCACAUGACACUCAAUAUGGUCAAAAUCAAUUACAAGAUCUACCAUUACAACAUCAACCAACGGAACAUUUCGAUCCUUCUCUUAGUCCCGGUCAAGUCCGUUUCGCCCCUCAUGUGACUGUAGGAGAAGCCGCAACUCCAGCUGGACCUGAACGUAUUGCUCAAGUCAGAUUUGCGUCUCACGUAAUGGUGGGAGAAGCAGCUACGCCAGGUACAUCUUUAUCUAGUCUUGGUAUGCCAAGUCUUACAACGCAGAGUUCAGGAUGGUUGGCCAGACCACAAAAUUUGGAUUUACUCAGUAUCGCAGCUGCAGAAGCUCAGAGUUUGAGUCCGGGACAAGAUGGGAGACGAUAUUCGGCACAAACUUCAACGAGUGAUUCGGGCAUGUACGGAUUGGAGAGUAAGGCGAUGAUCAUGAAUGUGCUUGGUCGGGAUCAAGGACAAGAAGCUGGAGCGGGUUUGGGACAGAAUGAGCAGAGGAGGUAUGGGUAUCAGAUUUUCAGGAUGAUGUAG